ACGGCAACGGCGAAACAACCGAAAGCUGCGAAUACGAAGCGCACAGUAGAAGGGAGUGGUACGUCAAAAACUGACGCACAGCGGCAGCCACACUGCGCAAGAGGAAACAAGUCCAUAGUUUAAUAGUACUCAUAAUAAUAAUAAUAUAAACUGUAAAAUACAUAAAACUUAACGUGAAACCAAGUCCAGGCCGAGCAAAACAAAUUACGUGACAAAGUGCAAAAAAUCUAUAAGAGAAAAGCGAGGAAAAACUGUGAAACGGAACUGGGCUGAGGAAAACAAGCCAAGGAAAAUAGCAGGGCAACAAAUCAGAGCGAAACCUUGAUUGUAACGGCAACGGCAACGGCAACGCAACAACGAACGCAAAAUACCUUCAAUUGUGGCAAAGUGAGCUUCGGCCAGGCCAGCGAGCGCUCAGAGCCAAGCCGACACAAGUUAUAUAAGUUGCGCAGAAGGGUAUAGAGGAGGAAAGGAGGCUGUCGAGGAUGCCCGCCAGUCGCAGCCGGCACGCUAAAGGGCACGCUUCCAAAAACACCAAAGAGCAAGCAGAGCCAGCAGAGGCAUCAGGAGCAAGAGCAGAAGCCGGAGCAGGAGCAGGAGCAGGUCCUGCAACCGGAGCUAGAACUGAAGCUGGAGCAGCCGUACUCUCAAGGCAACUCAUGUCAAUGUCAAAGUUGAAGUAAAACUAGUUGGAGGAGUUGGAAGAGGAGAACAAGGAGCAAAGCUAAAGCAUUUUACUGCAGACGACGCUGGAGUCGAUGUCAAAGAAGGUUGUGCUAUAUCUACAUAGUAAAUACAAAACAAAUUUAAAACAUAAGAAACAGAAACGGGAUUCAAGAGCAGCAGGCGUAGGAGGUGCCCCACAACCCCCACAAAGGAUUCCGAAACCCGAAUCGAAGGCCAGAACCAAACCAAACACAAUAUAAGAGCAGACCGACCCCGAGGUGUGGGGUGUGGACAACGCGGGGUCUGUUGAACAGGCAAUUUAUAAGAUUUGAUCCGCCAGGCGGCCAAACUGGCAACUGCCGGCAGACUCGGGGAGCGGACACGGCAACGGAGACGAAGACGGUGACGGAGACGGCGACGGAGUCAGAGUCGGAUUCGGCCCACAAGGAAAGAGCAGAACCGAGCAGGAACCAUGUCUGUGGACUUUAUACUGCCCAAUCGGAACAAGAUACAAACGAUUGCCUACGCGAGUGCCAGCAGGAAGUAUGCCGCGGCGGCAUCCCCUGGCUCGACCGGAUCCGGAAGCAGCAGCAGCGAGCUGCAGAGCUGGCGGCGACCGAAGCCGAGGAACGGCAGCAAACUAAGGCUGGAGGACAGGUCCUCAUCCUCGGUGCUGCGCAAUGCCAAUGGGAAUGUACAUGCCAGUGGAAAUGGAAAUGGGAACGGCAGCAAGUCAUCGCUCAAGUCGCUGACCAAACGCUCCUCCAGAUCCCUGCUGAAGCGUGAGGUAAUCGAGCUGGACGACGAGGCUGACCGGGAGGAGGGACCCGCCGGCGAGGAGCAGCUGUGCGAGCACUUGGAAUGGUCCGCCGCCCAAUCCCUAGUGCAGAUGACCUCCUCCAAGCAGGAGAAGCAGCGUCGCCUGGGAGGGGGAUCAUCGGGCGGUGCUAGUGGCACCACAGGAACCGCAGCGGCAGCCACAGUCUCCGCCUCAGUGUCGGUGCGCCGUCCAGUGGCCGCCGGGCGGGCCCCGGCCGAGGACGGAAAGGUGAUCUUCUAUGCACCGCCAGCCAGUGCCUGCGGGGCUGCCCGUCAGCCGGAGCCGAUGUCCGUGAAGCGCCAGCGCGAGCAACAAGUGGCCGCAAAUGCCUCCGCAGCGGCUUCGGCCACAUCGAUCUACCGCGGACGCAGCGCAGAAGAGACGGAGGCCGCCCACGAUCUGCUGUCGCUGUCCCAGAGCCUGCCACCGCUCAUACCGCCCUGCGUGGUGACUAUCAUGAAGCAGGAGCAGGAGCACCUCAAGUCGUCGGCGGAGCACUUGCCGAUUAUGCAGGAGAUCUCGAACGCUUCCAACAAGUCGCAGUCGAACAUCCGGUUCAUCGGCAGCAGUUCGUACGACAUGAUGAAUGGCACGCCCGAGGCCUCGAACAACUGCUCGCCACUGACGCCGCCCAACUCCGAUCACAGCUCGGAUGUGGACAUUGACAUGUCUUCCUCGUCCGAAUCCGGCCAGAUGCACUGGGGCAAGCAGCCGCACCAGCCGCCGCAGCAGCAGCGGGCCUCGACCCUGAAGAUGUGCCUAAACAUGAUGGACGGGCGCACCAAGGCCAGCAAGGCAGCGGCUGGCAAGGACCGGGAGCAGCUGCACCAGCGUCCAAAGAGCUCCAGCAGCAACGCCUCAGGGGGCGCAGGAAGUGGUGUCGCAGACGGACGUGCAGCGGCUGUGGCCGGUGCCGCAGCUGCAGCCGGAGCCGGACCCAGUGGCAAUGGGGAAAACUACGCCAAGCGAAAGCGCGGAUGCUACAAGUGCUCCGAGUGUGGCAAGCAGUACGCCACCUCCAGCAACCUGUCGCGCCACAAGCAGACGCACCGCUCCCUGGACUCGCAAUCGGCCAAGAAGUGCAAUACCUGCGGCAAGGCCUACGUGUCCAUGCCGGCCCUGGCCAUGCACCUACUAACGCACAAACUCUCGCACAGCUGCGACAUCUGCGGCAAGCUCUUCUCGCGCCCCUGGCUGCUCCAAGGCCAUCUGCGCUCCCACACCGGCGAGAAGCCCUAUGCCUGUGUCCAUUGCGGCAAGGCCUUCGCGGACCGCUCCAACCUCCGCGCCCACAUGCAGACGCACUCUGGCGACAAGAACUUCAAGUGCCACCGCUGCAACAAGACGUUCGCGCUCAAGUCGUAUCUGAACAAGCACCUGGAGUCGGCCUGCCUCAGGGAUGCGGGAGCCAUAGGGCAGGGCAAGGGCGACGACUACGAUUGUGACUUGGACGACGACGAUGAGAUGAUGGGAAAGCUUGAGCACGAUCAGGACGAGUUCGACGGCGAUGAGAUGGAUAGUGAUGAGACUAGUCAGGAUAUUGAGGUGGCUUAGGUGGAUCUCAAUGCGGCGAUGCGAUCGAAGUGUAGUUGGAGAUGGAGAUAGAGAUAGACAGUGAUGAGACUAGUCACAGGAUAUUGUGGUGACCUAGGCAGCCGCCGAAGUCUGCCACAGUACUCCUCGUUUACCUUAAUAUUAGAUACUUUAUACCAGAACCCUAUAAGCAAUAUUCGAGCACCCUUAUCAAAUUAAAAACGAUAAAAACCAAAAAGGAAGAAGUAAUCGAAGGUUAUAAUUCAAAUCGGUCAACUAGCAGCUUACUAGCAGAGUAGUUCGGACGGUAGACGGAAGACGAAGGACGAAAGAUAAAAGAUGGAAGAUAGAAGAAAGAUCUCAACUCAAUAGAAUUUUUUUCAACAGUUAUAUACAUAUACAUAUAUAUCUACUUACUUAUUAUCUGACCUUUUCCGGGCUACUAGUAUAGCGGGACGAGCGAGAAAGAGAACACGGAGGAGUCUUUCCAAGUUGUAACUUUUACUAAAUUGCAAUUGAAACAACCAACAAAACCAAAAGCAACACCGACAAAAGACAAAAGAGAGCAAAACGGAAGAGAGACAAGGGAUGAGAGAUGAGAGAACAAACAAACGGAAACAAAAAGGAAAAAACAAAAGGUUUAAGAAAGAAAUCCAAAACGUAACUUAUAGUAAAAAUCUGACACAACGAAUAUUAUGGAACAUAAGUAGAAAUUCUAUAUAUACACAGAUCAAAUAAGCAUAUAUACAGAAUGGAAGGGAGGAAAGGAGAAAGGGCAAAUUAUAUAUAUAUACAUAUACAUACAUAUGAUCUAUAUGAACUACGAGUAUAAUACAUAGCGAGCAGAACCAAUUUGCAUGUUUUUGGUAAUAUCUACUUUAAGGCAUCGUUUUAGGGCUCUAGAGUUUAUAUACACACCCUUACCGCAUCCAUACAUAACUAGAUGUACGAGUAUUACGAGUAUUAGUCUGUAUUCAAAGAGAACUCUCUCUCCAACCACACCCCCACACGCCAUUCGAGGAGGACAUAUGGACAGAUAGACAGAUGAACAAAUGAACAAAUGAACAGAUGGACGGCUCACUUCAAGUCUAGAAAACUAAUCAAUUAGUGAACUUAUAGCACUUCCUGUAACUCCCUAUAUCUCUCUCGCUCUUAGGCUCUUUUUAAAUAUUGUACUCAACGAUCAAGAUUAGCGAUUGGAAAUUGGAUAUACUCUCAGCAAGAUGUAGGCGGACGAAGGCUAAGACAAGGCAAAGAAGAACCAUUUUAAAACGGCUAAGGCAACUUUACACUCUAACCCAGUUUAAGAUGGGUAUUACUUCCAUAUUAUGCUCUAACUCGAUAAACAAAAACUACUUCAAUUACUUAGAAAUGAUUAAAAUUAAUGAGAAAACAAUUUAGAAACAUAUCACAAGGACAAUACUUAAACAUAACUAAAAACAAGUACAUUCAAAAUAUAAUAUACAUAAAUACAAAAAUGCAAAAAAAAAACGAUAAGAAAAGCAAAGAAAAGAAGAUUAUGAAAGAAGCAACCCCCAUUAAGGCAUUCUCAUACACAGCAGCAACAAAGUACUUACGGAAUAGUUAUUUUAUUACUAGAAUUAGAACCAACUCGUGUAUAUACAUGCAAGAAUAUAUUAACAAUUUUAUACAAAACUCCCAGUCCCCGCCCCCCCUUCCCAGUCCCCCGCAAAAGCAACCCCAACUUUGGCCCAGCCAAAGGUUUCUUAUAGACAAGAACAAUCCUCCCCCAAUCGCAAGGGAUAUCCAUGGGGAUAGCGAGAUAGCCCUCACAAGUUUUGGGCAGUCGAGGCCAGGUCGAGAUAGCGAUGAUUAUGAUGAUUAUGAUGAUGAUAGAAGUAGAAGACGCACUUGUAAAACAAAUGAUAACUAAAAGCAAUUCCAAAGUUAAGUGACAUAGUUUUUAAUGAGUAAAACAUAAGGAAACCAAAAAAUAAGAAAAAAAAAACAAAACAAAUUUGUAAUUCUAUAACAAAAUCGAGAAGUAUUGAUAUAUACACAAAAACAUGUAUUUAUUUUACGCGUAGAUUUUAUUCUGAAACCAAAAAAGGAAAAUGGGCAACAGACCGAAACCGAAACCAAAACCAAAAACAAAAAGCCCAUGUAAACAAUUUCAUUAAAUUGUCAAUUAAAAUUAUUUCUUAAUUUAAGAAACGAAGAAUGAAGCGGACGCGAUAGACGUUAUUUUUUAAAGCAUAUAUAUACACAUAUAUAUACAUACAUAUAUAUAAAAAAAUAUAUUUAAAAAAGAGGCAGUUUUAUAUCGAAAAUUAAUAAUAGUAAAGGCAGAAUAGCAACAAAAUAUUGAAAACCAUUCGAACUUAAUUAUACAACGAGCAAGAAAACAUUAAUUAUAAAUCCAAGCCCACACAAAUAAAACAACUUCAGAGAUACAUGGACAGGCACACACACACAUACAAACUCUGAGUACACAUACAAACACACACACACACACUGACAGGACACCUCCAGUUUAUAAAUAGAAGAAAAAAAAACUUGAAGGAAAAUGAUUAUUACAUCGUAUCUACAUACGUGCAUGUCGAAAGUAGCAUGUCGCAUGUCGUAUGUCGCAGUCUACACAGCCGCGUAAAAUCGGAGAAGCAUUAGAUUUAGACCAGAGAGUGCUAUGUGCAUUGUUUAUAGGGCCAUAGUUAGAGAUCGUGUUUAUGCAUGGCUUUAUUGAUGAUUAUUGAUAGCGUUUUAAAUAGCAUUAAAUGCCUAUAUACACAUAAGCAAACCAAAACAACAAAAACCAAAAUAAAAAACCAAAAAAAGUAUAAGAAAUUCCAUUGAACAGUAGUGGUAACAAUUAUGUGAUUUGCAAUUUUACAUUCAAAAUAUAUAUAUGAAAUAAUUACGAGUAUAUAUAGAUUAUAUAUUGAGGCAAGCGUUUAAUUGAUUUAUUUAUGAGUAAGAUUUAUUUAUACACAUUAUACACCACAAAACGAGAAACAAACAAAUGAGAAAAACUCACAAAAAACAACAAAAAAAUGUGUACGAAGACGAGGAGAAACAAAAGUAUUUUUACACCGAAACUUUGUUUUUUUUCUUUUUUGUAAAUGCGGCAAGUUGAACCCCUAAAACCCUAGAUGCCCCCACAUACCCCUGACACUCCUGCAAUAUUCAUUUAGAUACCCCCAAAAGCACACAAAACACUGACACACACAACCACACACACACACACACACACACACAAGUGAAUAAUUUCAAGAUCAAAGACACCAAUUCAAUUCGGAUUAUUAUACAAUAAAGGGAAGCUAAUCGAACCACAGGAAGAUGGUAGGGGAGAGAUAUUUUAUAAAAUGACAGACAACACUGAGGAGAGACGAAGUGAAGUGAAAAAGAAGAAAAGUGAAGCGAAAGAAUAACGUAAAGAUAUUAAUUUAUAUAUUCAUAUAUUAGAGAUGCAAAAAGACUUGAACAGUUAUAUAUACAUUUAAAAUUGCAAUAUAUUGUAUACUUCAUUAAAAUAUAUAUACAUACAUACAUACAUACCAUACAUACACAUAUAUUGUAUACACGAAACGUAUAUAUAGUACUUAACUUAUUUAUAGUAUAUAUAUAUAUUGUAUAUGCUUACAGCGAACCAUAAACUUAACAUAAACCGAAUCGAAUCCCCAUAGGAAUCCCUCAAGUAUCAGUAACUCGAGAUCAAUUCAAUGAUAUUGUACCCAAUGACCACUUGGCAGGUGCGAGCAUAUCGAUCGCCCUGUCGUACAGGAAUACUCGUAUAUAGUAAUACAUACAUAUAUAGAAUGCAUGCCAGAUACCAACACACACACAUACACUCGAGAACACACACGAGAACACACAACCCAUGGGGCAGCGACUUUAACGCGUUGCACGCAUCCACAGUUUUUCCUUUUGAUACUUAGCAUUUGUUCUUGUUCUACUUUUAGUUAGGGAAAGCAGCCAGCAGCCAGCAAGCAUUAAAUAGUUUCAGCUUUCGUAGGAGUUAAAUAAUCGACUUUACCUAGAUGAACCGGGACUAGCCAACAAUGCUCGCUAAACUUACUUGUAAAACCUAUACCUAUACCUAAACCUAUACCUAAACAGUUACACCCAUACCCACACCCACACUGACACCUACACCCACCCCCUAGACACUGACACAGACUCUCUGAACACAGUUUAAACAAAACACUAACCGACAUGCAUAACCAUACGAUUUUAUGGCUAAUAUGUAGCGUAUAUAACCUAUUAUAUCCCAAAGAAAGCUUAUCCACUCUUAAAUUAAUAUACACAAGAAUAACAAAGCGAAACGAUACGAUACGAAACGAAAAGAAACGAAGCGAAGCGAAAGAAUCACGGAUUCCACUAUGGAAAGAUAUACGGGAGUACGCAUAUGACAAAGAAUAAACGCCACACGAGUAAAAAAAACCACACCCAGAGUCCCCAAAAGAUUCAAACCAAACAAACAAGAAAUGUAUGACACGACACGGAUAUACUAUUGAAGAUGGUAUAUAAAUUAGAUACAUAGUUAUAAAAGCUACACCCACACACUAGUGCAGCCAUGUAACUAUUUUUAGAGCCUCGGAAAUAAACAUACAUAAUAUACAUAUAAAUAUUAAAUAAACGACAGAGAAAACAGA